AUGUCUUUAGCUAUGGACAAAGCCUUAAUGGCUCUAUCGUUGGAUGAAGAAGACGUACCUUUCGUCAUGUCGGAUCUUCCGGAGUUCAGUUCGGCGGAGGAGAACAAGUUAAGCUUGAUAGGGAGAAUCUUAAACCCUGCUCGCCAGAAAAUGCCUCUCCUGAUAAAGAAGAUGCCAAGGAAAUGGCUUAAGGAAGGCAAGGUUCGUGGGAUAGCUCUAUCCCAAGAACGGUUUCAAUUCAUUUUCAAAACUGAACACGACCUGCUGGACGUCCUUGACAGAGGAGUUCAUACCUUUGAAGAGUGGGUAAUUGUGCUUGAGAGAUGGGUGGAGAAUCCUCCUGAGGAUUUUCUCCAAUACAUCCCUCUCUGGGUCCAAAUCAGGAACAUCCCAGUGAACUGUUACACAACAGAGGCUCUGGCUGCGUUGGGGGACUUGGUAGGCAAGACGGUUCUGGUCGGUUUCGACCCAACUAAACCAGUCACUCAAGACUUCAUCAGAGUCUUGGUAAAAUUCAAUGUUGCUAACCCUCUUCGAACGUCCAAGGUCAUUGAGCUGAAAGGAGUUCCAUCAACGGUCCGCUUCAGCUAUGAAAGAGUUCAAAAGAGAUGUUUCACUUGUCAGCGACUCAACCAUGAGAACGACCUUUGCCCCCUAAAAGUGGGACAAAGACAAGAAGAAGCUAAAGCUCGUCGAGAGGUGGCAAUGGAGAAUUUGGAAAAGAACAAACGUGUUCUAUCUGUGGAUGAUCCUCUCUUCGGAGUGCUUGAGGAGAAUCAAGUGAUUGAUGUACAAUCAGGUCAAUGGAAGAUUGCGAAGGACAUUCUGGAUGAAAUGAGGAGAUAUUUGAGGGCUGAGACGGGUGAAAGUCAUGGAGUGAAGGUUGAUAAGAUUCAAAGAUCCGUGACUCUGGCUGAGAAUGGCACAACAUCUCAGAGGCUGGCGCUGAGAAUGGAAGCUCCUCCGAUAUUCACAACUGAUUUCAACAAAAGGAAAGGGAUUGUCUUUGACUACAAUGAAAAGGGAGACAACUCUGAUGCUUUGAGUGUGAAGAGUAACCCAAAGAAACUGAUGGCAGCAUCCUUCUCUGCUUAUUCAAGUGAUGCUCGCAGAACUGCUCCUCCUUUGCUCCUGCUUCAAGAUAAAUCGGAAAGUGUUGGUGAUGGUGGCUCCUCCAAACCUGAGUAUCUUACGGUGUUCAAAGCAGCUAACACUGCUCCCUGUUCUUCCGGGAUACUUAGGAAAAGACCUGCCCCAAGAAGACGCCCCCCGAAAUAUGUUCGUCAGCAGAAGACCAAGGAAAUUAAGAAAGGGGAUGAUAGGCCCCAAGGUGACAAGAGAGAGGGCAAAGAAGUGAUGGGAAACAAGAAGCAGAAGUGUUCAGGGGAGGAAACUGAAGAUUUCUCCAACAGUAAGGCGGUUUGCCUCCAGGCGGUCCCAAAGGAGGGACUGCCCUCUCCCCAAUGA